GGGGCAGACUGUGGGUGCCACAGGCGGACAGGCGGCCACAGCUGGGACAGCUGCGGGCGGAGCGCAGCGCAGCGCAGCAGCGGCUGCUGGGGCCAGGUCCGAGGAGCAGUCACCGCCGCCGCCGCUUCCGAGUCGGAGCCGAAGCUUCUCCACUGGCAGGGGCCUCCUGAAGUGGGAGCAGCGCCUGAGGAAGGCGGGAGGAGCCCAGCCCCGGGGACAGGCGGCGGGACAGCGGGACCCCGGCGGCGCGGUGCGCUUAAGGGCGCAGAGGCUACUCGAGACACAGCCUCGGGUGCGGCAGGAGGAGGCGGGAGCCGGCGGCCGCUCGGCAUCAUGCGGCGAGAGGGGCUGCUGGAGAUCGCCCUGGGAUUUACCGUGCUCUUAGCGUCCUACACGAGCCAUGGGGCGGAUGCCAAUUUGGAGGCUGGAAACGUGAAGGAAACCAGAGCCACCCGGGCCAAGAGGCGAGGCGGCGGAGGACUCGACGCGCUUAAGGGACCUAAUGUAUGUGGAUCACGUUAUAAUGCUUAUUGUUGUCCUGGAUGGAAAACCUUACCUGGUGGAAAUCAGUGUAUUGUCCCCAUUUGCCGGCAUUCCUGUGGGGAUGGAUUUUGUUCGAGGCCAAAUAUGUGCACUUGCCCAUCUGGUCAGAUAUCUCCUUCCUGUGGCUCCAGAUCUAUACAACACUGCACUAUUCGCUGUAUGAAUGGAGGCAGCUGCAGUGAUGAUCAUUGUCUGUGCCAGAAAGGAUACAUAGGAACUCACUGUGGACAACCUGUCUGUGAAAGUGGCUGUCUCAAUGGAGGGAGGUGUGUGGCCCCAAAUCGAUGUGCAUGCACUUACGGCUUUACUGGACCCCAGUGUGAAAGAGAUUACAGAACAGGCCCAUGUUUCACUGUGGUCAGCAACCAGAUGUGCCAGGGACAGCUCAGCGGGAUUGUCUGCACAAAAACCCUCUGCUGUGCCACGGUCGGCCGAGCCUGGGGCCACCCCUGUGAGAUGUGUCCUGCCCAACCUCACCCUUGCCGCCGGGGCUUCAUUCCAAACAUCCGCACAGGAGCGUGUCAAGAUGUGGAUGAAUGCCAGGCCAUCCCUGGGCUCUGUCAAGGAGGAAAUUGCAUUAAUACUGUUGGGUCUUUUGAGUGCAAAUGCCCCGCUGGACACAAAUUUAAUGAAGUGUCACAAAAAUGUGAAGAUAUUGAUGAAUGCAGCACUAUCCCUGGAGUCUGCGAUGGGGGUGAAUGUACAAACACAGUCAGCAGUUACUUUUGCAAAUGUCCCCCUGGCUUUUACACCUCUCCUGAUGGUACCAGAUGUGUAGAUGUUCGCCCAGGAUACUGUUACACGGCUCUGGCAAAUGGGCGCUGUUCUAACCAGCUGCCACAGUCCAUAACCAAAAUGCAGUGCUGCUGUGAUGUCGGCCGAUGCUGGUCCCCGGGGGUCACUGUCGCCCCUGAGAUGUGUCCCAUCAGAGCAACAGAGGAUUUCAACAAGCUUUGCUCUGUCCCAAUGGUAAUUCCUGGGAGACCAGAAUAUCCUCUUCCACCCGUUGGCCCCGUUCCUCCAGCUCAACCUGUUCCUCCUGGCUUUCCUCCUGGACCUCCACAUGUAGUCCUCAGGCCACCAGAAUAUCCAUAUCCAUCUCGGGAGCCACCAAGGGUGCUACCAUUCAAUGUCACUGAUUACUGUCAGCUGGUCCGCUAUCUAUGUCAAAACGGGCGCUGCAUUCCAACUCCUGGGAGCUAUCGGUGUGAGUGCAACAAAGGAUUCCAGCUGGACCUGCGGGGGGAGUGCAUUGAUGUUGAUGAAUGUGAAAAAAAUCCUUGUGUUGGUGGAGAAUGUAUUAAUAACCAAGGCUCAUACACCUGCCACUGCCGAGCUGGCUAUCAGAGCACACUCACCAGGACGGAGUGCCGAGACAUUGAUGAAUGUUUACAGAAUGGCCGGAUCUGCAAUAAUGGACGUUGCAUCAACACAGAUGGCAGUUUCCAUUGUGUGUGUAAUGCAGGCUUCCAUGUUACCCGAGAUGGGAAAAACUGUGAAGAUAUGGAUGAGUGCAGCAUACGGAACAUGUGUCUUAACGGGAUGUGUAUCAAUGAAGAUGGCAGUUUCAAAUGCAUUUGCAAACCUGGAUUCCAGCUGGCAUCAGAUGGGCGUUACUGCAAAGAUAUUAACGAGUGUGAAACACCUGGGAUCUGCAUGAAUGGGCGCUGCGUGAACACUGAUGGCUCCUACAGAUGUGAAUGCUUCCCUGGACUGGCUGUGGGUCUGGAUGGACGUGUGUGUGUUGACACACACAUGCGGAGCACAUGCUACGGAGGAUACAAGCGGGGCCAGUGUGUCAAGCCUUUGUUUGGUGCUGUUACUAAAUCUGAAUGCUGUUGUGCCAACACUGAGUAUGCCUUUGGGGAGCCCUGCCAGCCAUGUCCUGCCCAGAAUUCAGCGGAAUAUCAGGCACUCUGCAGCAGUGGGCCAGGAAUGACGUCAGCAGGCAGUGAUAUAAAUGAAUGUGCAUUAGAUCCUGAUAUUUGCCCAAAUGGAAUUUGUGAAAAUCUCCGUGGGUCCUACAAGUGUAUAUGCAAUUCGGGAUAUGAAGUGGAUAUAACUGGAAAAAACUGUGUUGAUAUUAACGAAUGUGUGCUGAACAGCCUACUCUGUGACAACGGACAGUGUAGAAACACUCCUGGAAGUUUUGUCUGUACCUGCCCCAAGGGAUUUAUAUAUAAACCUGACCUGAAAACCUGUGAAGACAUUGAUGAAUGUGAAUCAAGUCCUUGCAUUAAUGGAGUCUGCAAGAACAGUCCUGGCUCUUUCAUUUGUGAAUGUUCUUCUGAAAGUACUUUGGAUCCAACAAAAACCAUCUGCAUAGAAACCAUCAAGGGCACUUGCUGGCAAACAGUCAUCGAUGGGCGGUGUGAGAUCAACAUCAAUGGAGCCACCUUGAAGUCCCAGUGCUGCUCUUCCCUCGGUGCUGCCUGGGGGAGCCCGUGCACCAUAUGCCAAGUUGAUCCCAUAUGUGGUAAAGGCUUCUCAAGAAUUAAAGGAACACAGUGUGAAGAUAUAGACGAAUGUGAAGUGUUCCCAGGAGUGUGCAAAAAUGGCCUGUGUGUCAACACCAGGGGAUCGUUCAAGUGUCAGUGUCCCAAUGGAAUGACUUUGGAUGCCACAGGAAGGAUCUGCCUUGAUAUCCGCCUGGAAACAUGCUACCUGAGGUAUGAUGAUGAGGAGUGCACUCUGCCUAUUGCUGGACGCCACCGCAUGGAUGCCUGCUGCUGCUCUGUAGGUGGAGCCUGGGGCACGGAGGAGUGUGAGGAGUGUCCCAUGAGAAACACCCCAGAGUAUGAGGAGCUCUGCCCCAGAGGACCAGGAUUUGCCACGAAAGAUAUUACAAAUGGAAAACCUUUCUUCAAAGAUAUCAAUGAGUGCAAGAUGAUACCCAGCCUCUGUACCCACGGCAAGUGCAGAAAUACCAUUGGCAGCUUUAAGUGCAGGUGUGACAGUGGCUUUGCUCUUGAUUCUGAAGAAAGGAACUGCACAGAUAUUGAUGAAUGCCGCAUAUCUCCCGACCUCUGUGGCCGAGGCCAGUGUGUGAACACCCCAGGGGACUUUGAAUGCAAGUGUGAUGAAGGCUAUGAGAGUGGAUUCAUGAUGAUGAAGAACUGCAUGGAUAUUGAUGAGUGUCAGAGAGAUCCUCUCCUCUGCCGAGGCGGUGCUUGCCUUAACACAGAAGGCAGUUACCGCUGCGAAUGCCCACCUGGUCAUCAGCUGUCCCCAAACAUCUCUGCAUGUAUUGACAUCAAUGAGUGUGAACUGAGCGGGAACCUCUGUCCCAAUGGCCGCUGUGUGAACCUCAUAGGGAAGUAUCAGUGUGCCUGCAACCCUGGCUAUCAUUCAACGCCCGAUAGGCUGUUUUGUGUUGACAUUGAUGAAUGCAGCAUAAUGAAUGGUGGAUGUGAAACCUUCUGCACAAACUCUGAAGGCAGCUAUGAGUGUAGCUGUCAGCCAGGAUUUGCACUAAUGCCUGACCAGAGAUCUUGCACUGACAUCGAUGAAUGUGAAGAUAACCCCAAUAUCUGUGAUGGUGGUCAGUGUACAAACAUUCCUGGAGAAUACAGGUGCUUGUGCUAUGAUGGAUUUAUGGCUUCUGAAGAUAUGAAGACUUGUGUAGAUGUCAAUGAGUGUGACCUGAAUCCGAAUAUCUGCCUAAGUGGGACCUGUGAAAACACUAAAGGCUCAUUCAUCUGUCACUGUGAUAUGGGCUAUUCAGGCAAAAAAGGGAAAACCGGCUGUACAGGUGUGGGUUUUUUCAAUAAAAUAAAAAGUGGAGAUCUGAGAAAGCAUGACUUGUGCUUCUUUCUGCCUAUAGACCUUGAUGAGUGCUCCGAGAACCUGAAUCUCUGUGGGAAUGGCCAGUGCCUCAAUGCCCCUGGAGGGUACCGCUGUGAAUGUGACAUGGGCUUCGUGCCCAGUGCCGACGGAAAGGCCUGCGAAGAUAUUGAUGAGUGCUCCCUUCCAAACAUCUGUGUCUUUGGAACUUGCCACAACCUUCCUGGCCUGUUCCGCUGCGAGUGUGAGAUAGGCUAUGAACUGGACAGAAGUGGUGGAAACUGCACAGAUGUUAAUGAGUGUCUGGAUCCAACCACGUGUAUCAGUGGGAACUGUAUCAACACUCCGGGCAGCUAUACCUGUGACUGUCCACCUGAUUUUGAGCUGAAUCCAACUCGAGUUGGCUGUGUUGAUACCCGCUCAGGAAAUUGCUAUUUGGAUAUUCGGCCCCGUGGAGACAACGGAGAUACAGCCUGUAGCAAUGAAAUCGGAGUUGGUGUUUCCAAGGCUUCCUGCUGCUGUUCUCUGGGUAGAGCCUGGGGUACUCCCUGUGAGCUGUGCCCUCCUGUGAACACAACUGAGUACAAAAUUCUGUGCCCUGGAGGAGAAGGCUUUCGCCCAAACCCUAUCACCGUAAUACUGGAAGACAUUGAUGAGUGCCAGGAGCUGCCAGGGCUGUGCCAAGGGGGAAAGUGUAUCAACACUUUCGGCAGUUUCCAGUGCCGCUGUCCAACGGGCUACUACCUGAACGAGGACACCCGAGUGUGUGAUGAUGUGAAUGAAUGUGACACUCCUGGAAUCUGUGGCCCAGGGACAUGUUACAACACCGUUGGCAACUACACCUGUAUUUGUCCUCCAGAUUACAUGCAAGUGAAUGGGGGAAAUAAUUGCAUGGAUAUGAGAAGAAGUUUGUGCUACAGAAACUAUUAUGCUGACAACCAGACCUGUGAUGGAGAGCUCUUAUUCAAUAUGACCAAGAAGAUGUGCUGCUGCUCUUACAACAUUGGCCGAGCCUGGAAUAAGCCCUGUGAACAGUGUCCCAUCCCAAGCACAGAUGAAUUUGCUACGCUCUGUGGAAGCCAGAGGCCAGGCUUUGUCAUCGAUAUUUAUACCGGCUUACCCGUAGAUAUUGAUGAAUGCCGGGAAAUCCCAGGAGUCUGUGAAAAUGGUGUGUGCAUCAACAUGGUUGGCAGCUUCAGAUGUGAAUGUCCAGUGGGGUUCUUCUAUAAUGACAAGUUGUUGGUUUGUGAAGAUAUUGACGAGUGUCAGAACGGCCCCGUGUGCCAGCGCAGUGCCGAGUGCAUCAACACUGCAGGCAGCUACCGCUGCGACUGUAAGCCCGGCUAUCGCCUCACGCCCACAGGACAGUGCAAUGAUCGCAAUGAAUGUCAAGAAAUCCCCAAUAUAUGCAGCCAUGGACAGUGUAUUGACACUGUGGGAAGCUUCUACUGCCUUUGCCAUACUGGUUUCAAAACAAAUGCUGAUCAAACCAUGUGUUUGGGUAAGUAUGUGAUUAUCAUUUCAUUUUUUUCACAUCUUAUUGGAAAUUUAUUUUUGACACGUGUAAUUCUUUUAGAUAUUGAUGAGUGUGUGGAGGAGCCAGAAAUCUGUGCCUUGGGAACAUGCAGUAACACUGAAGGCAGCUUCAAAUGUCUGUGUCCAGAAGGGUUCUCCUUGUCCUCUACUGGAAGACGAUGCCAAGAUUUGCGAAUGAGCUACUGUUAUGCCAAGUUUGAAGGAGGAAAGUGUUCAUCCCCCAAAUCCAGAAAUCACUCCAAACAGGAAUGCUGCUGUGCCUUGAAGGGAGAAGGCUGGGGAGAUCCCUGUGAGCUGUGUCCCACAGAGCCUGAUGAGGCUUUCCGCCAGAUCUGUCCUUAUGGAAGUGGGAUCAUUGUGGGACCUGAUGAUUCAGCAGUUGAUAUGGAUGAGUGCAAAGAACCUGAUGUCUGUAAACACGGGCAGUGUAUCAACACAGAUGGCUCCUAUCGCUGCGAGUGUCCCUUUGGUUAUAUUCUAGAAGGCAAUGAAUGUGUGGAUACCGAUGAAUGUUCUGUGGGCAAUCCCUGUGGAAAUGGAACCUGCAAGAAUGUGAUUGGAGGAUUUGAGUGUACCUGUGAGGAAGGAUUUGAGCCUGGUCCAAUGAUGACAUGUGAAGAUAUAAAUGAAUGUGCCCAGAAUCCUCUGCUCUGUGCCUUCCGAUGUGUGAACACUUAUGGGUCCUAUGAAUGCAAAUGUCCCGCUGGAUAUGUUUUGAGAGAAGACAAGAGGAUGUGCAAAGAUGAGGAUGAAUGUGAAGAGGGAAAACAUGAAUGUACUGAAAAGCAAAUGCAAUGCAAGAACCUCAUUGGCACAUAUAUGUGCAUCUGCGGACCUGGGUACCAGCGGAGACCUGAUGGAGAAGGCUGUGUCGAUGAGAACGAGUGUCAGACCAAGCCAGGGAUCUGUGAGAACGGGCGCUGCCUCAACACUCUGGGGAGCUACACCUGCGAGUGCAAUGACGGGUUCACCCCCAGCCCCACCCAAGAUGAGUGCCUGGACAACCGGGAAGGGUACUGCUUCACAGAGGUGCUGCAAAACAUGUGUCAGAUCGGCUCGAGCAACAGGAACCCUGUCACCAAGUCUGAGUGCUGCUGUGACGGAGGCAGAGGUUGGGGUCCCCACUGUGAGAUCUGCCCUUUCCAGGGCACCGUGGCUUUCAAGAAACUCUGCCCCCAUGGCCGAGGAUUCAUGACCAAUGGAGCAGAUAUUGAUGAAUGCAAGGUUAUUCAUGAUGUUUGCCGAAAUGGAGAAUGUGUCAAUGACAGAGGAUCAUAUCACUGUAUCUGUAAAACUGGCUAUACUCCAGAUAUAACUGGGACUUCCUGUGUCGAUCUGAACGAGUGCAACCAGGCUCCCAAACCAUGCAAUUUUAUCUGCAAAAACACAGAAGGGAGUUACCAGUGUUCCUGUCCGAAAGGCUACAUUCUGCAAGAGGAUGGAAGAAGCUGCAAAGAUCUUGAUGAGUGUGCUACUAAGCAGCACAACUGCCAGUUCCUGUGUGUUAACACCAUUGGUGGCUUCACUUGUAAAUGUCCUCCUGGAUUUACCCAGCACCACACUGCCUGCAUUGAUAACAAUGAAUGCACCUCUGACAUCAACCUGUGUGGCUCUAAGGGCAUUUGCCAGAACACUCCUGGAAGCUUCACCUGUGAAUGCCAGCGGGGAUUCUCCCUUGACCAGAGUGGUGCCAGCUGUGAAGAUGUGGAUGAGUGUGAAGGCAACCAUCGCUGCCAGCACGGCUGCCAGAACAUCAUUGGAGGCUAUAGGUGCAGCUGUCCCCAGGGCUACCUUCAGCACUACCAGUGGAACCAGUGUGUCGAUGAAAACGAAUGCCUCAGUGCUCACAUCUGCGGAGGAGCCUCCUGUCACAACACCCUGGGAAGCUACAAGUGCAUGUGUCCUGCUGGCUUCCAGUACGAACAGUUCAGUGGGGGCUGCCAAGACAUCAAUGAAUGUGGCUCCUCACAGGCUCCCUGCAGUUAUGGCUGCUCUAACACCGAGGGUGGCUACUUGUGUGGCUGUCCACCUGGUUACUUCCGAAUAGGCCAAGGGCACUGUGUUUCUGGAAUGGGAAUGGACCGAGGAGGCUCAGAUGCACCUGUCAGUGGUGAAAUGGAUGACAAUUCACUUUCCCCAGAGGCUUGCUAUGAGUGUAAGAUCAAUGGCUACCCCAAACGAGGCAGGAAACGAAGAAGUGCUAAUGAAACAGAUGCCUCCAAUAUCAAGGAUCUGUCUGAAACAGAAGCCAACGUGAGUCUUGCAAGUUGGGAUGUUGAGAAGACAGCCACCUUUGCUUUCAAUAUUUCCCAUGUCAGUAAUAAGGUCCGAAUCCUAGAACUCCUUCCAGCCCUCACAACUCUGACGAAUCACAAUAGAUACUUGAUUGAGUCUGGAAAUGAAGAUGGCUUCUUUAAAAUCAACCAAAAGGAAGGGAUCAGCUACCUCCACUUUACCAAGAAGAAGCCAGUGGCUGGAACCUACUCGUUACAAAUCAGUAGUACUCCUCUUUACAGAAAGAAAGAACUUGACCAGCUACAAGACAGACAUGACAAAGACUACCUCAGUGGUGAACUGGGUGAUAAUCUGAAGAUGAAAAUUCAGAUUUUGCUUCAUUAAUUCACCAUCCAGAGACCAAAUAAUUAAAAGAAAAACAACUAUAGAUAGGUAGAAUUACAUUCCUCCCCGCAUCAGAAUCUUCAUAUUAUAGGUACAGUCUUUCACCAAGUAAAUUUUUAUAAAUAAGCACUAUUCUUGUAUUACAAAAGCAAGGUACAGGCGGUUACCUUAGUUGAACAACCACUUUCUCAGGCUUCUCAUAUGUGUAGCUAAGCUACCUGGUCAUGUGUUGAUUCUUGAAAACUGGGACCUGUAUAUCCACUGGGGGGUUUUGGCCCAUCUUGCCAAUGUGUCCCUCCCAGCAGGUGGACAGGAAUGUGCUUUCAUUUGAUGGACUAUUCUGUUGUUAUUGGUUUUUUUUUUUUUCCUUCAAAUUUUGAAACUCUGCUUCUCCAAAUACAAGUAUUAGAUUGGCCAUUUAUCAUACCUAUUUGGUGCUAGUAAAUUUUCAAACUAGAUUUAUAAAUGCACUGUAAUAUUUACACAACCUAGAAACCAAAUUGCAAGUCUCCAGUUCAAAUACUUCAUUAAUUUCAAUCAACCAAAGUUAGUUCAAUAGCUUAUCUCAGUUAUGAGUAUAAUACAUUUCAUGUAAAUUAAGUGUGUGUAUACUGUAAUCGUGCUAUUUUUUAUCAUUGAAACAUUUAUAAACUAGAAUAAUAAUGCCCUUAAUGUGAGGGUUUGUAAUGGUGCUUAUUAAGACCAAAGACUUGUUAAAUGUCUACACCAAGUGGUAAUGGAAUUUCUGUGACUGGCCCACAUGUGCACUGAGGUUGGGAAGGACCAGGAACCCACUUCAGCAGCCAGAGGAUUACCAGUGCACCCUUCGUCGCAGCAUGUGCAAUAUGCCAAAAUUACUCUAGGUCAUUCCUGUCAGCAAGGGGUCAAUGUCAUAAGUGUCACAAUAAAACAAUCUCUUCUUUUUUUUAGUUUACCCCUCGGCUUUGUGUUCUUGCAUGGAUUUGGGGUUGGAGGGGCCUUUCUGGAGGCUAAAUAAAGUCUCCUGGAUUUAAA